CAAAAACUCAUGGCUUCAUCUCUCCUUCUUCUUCUUCUUCUUCUUCUUCUUCUUCUUCUCGUGUGCUUCUCCUCCUCCGCGGUGAGCUCACCGCUCGCCGACGUCUCCAAACCAUCGGCCUACGAUGUUCUCCAGUCCUACGGCUUCCCCGUCGGCCUCCUCCCCAAGGGCGCCACCGGCUACGACCUUGACUCCUCCUCCGGCGAGUUCUCGGCGUACCUCGGCGGCGAAUGUAGCUUCUCCAUUAAAAACUCUUACCAGCUCCGCUACCAGGCCACCAUCUCCGGCACCAUCUCCACUAACCGCCUUUACAAUCUCAAGGGCGUCAGCGUGAAGAUCUUGUUCCUUUGGAUCAACAUCAUUGAGGUCGUGCACAGAGACGGCGUUCUUGAGUUCUCUGUUGGGAUCGCGUCUGCUGACUUCACCGAGGAUAACUUCUUUGAGAGCCCGCAAUGCGGGUGUGGGUUUGAUUGUGUUGGUGGUGCUGGCGAUGGUGCGAGGAUCAAGCUGAGGGUGCCCGCUUGAUGAGUUUCUUCUUCAUGUGGGGAUGGUAAUCUUC